CAUGAAGCUCCUGGUGCUGUCGGUACUCCUUGCGUUCGCUUCUUCAGCCAACGUCCCUAAGAAGAGGGCUGCCUACUACCCGAAUGUGUUCUACACGUCCUUGCCCUACCUGCAGAACGAUGGAAAUAACUACGAAGUUUGGCUAACAUAUGUGCCAGUUCCAGUUCCCACUGCAAUUGUCGAGCUGAAGGGCGAGGGGUCUGAAGUAUCAGGCAGAAUAACAUUUACGCAGCCCCAAGGCGGUCCGGUAAUCUAUACAGGUAACGUCACAGGCCUCAGUGAAGGUUUACAUGGCUUCCAUAUUCAUGAGUUCGGCGAUGUGUCAAAGGACUGUAAAUCUGUUGGGGCACACUUCAAUCCUGGUUAUACCCACCAUGGAGGUCCUGCUGAUCCAUACCGCCACAUUGGUGACCUGGGCAACAUCAAGGCCAACGCUGAAGGACUAGCCCAGGUCCAUGAUUCUGACCACCUCAUAUCCCUACAUGGUCAUAACUCAAUCAUCGGACGCUCAUUGGUCAUCUCCGCCAACAAGGAUGACUAUGGAAGAGGUGGUGACAAGGAGAGCCUGAGGACUGGAAACUCUGGAGACACAGUGGCUUGUGGUGCCAUUGUCUGGAUCCAUCCUGUCCGUCCCAAGCCCCCGCAAGAAGGAGAAUCUGCAAAACCAGAGGGUGGCGCUGAUACAGAAAUUGUGGAGCCUUGAGUUCAUUAGGGAGAAACAAUUGUGAAUAAUCAUUUUUGUGAUAUAUCAAAACUCCAAUCAAAUUAUGUAUCAGUUAUGUAAAAAAUACACCUCACAGAUAUACUACACCUUACAAGAAUCUGUAAAAUUUCUGAAGUAAUAUUCAGAUUUAAACUCCUAAAUCAUAACUGAACUUAAUAUCAACCUGAUGUUAAUCCUAAGAAUGUUAUAAAAUACUCUACACUCUUUAAUCUGUAUACUUACUUUCCUUCAUGCAUGAAACAUCGAUCUAGGAUAAGAUGGUUAUUAUUUCAUCUUCCUAUUUGCUAUUAAGCAGUUUUAUAUUUAGUAGUAUAUACAAUAUUGAUUUUUCAAGAUCAUUUGAUACACUGUAAGCAUUUUUUCAUCAACAAACUCAAUUAACACAAAUUUAUUAUUUAUAAUGUUUUACCACAUAUCUCCAGAUAUGUAGACAUUUUCCAGCAAAUUCUCUUCCACCUAAAAGAUUUUGUCGAUUCUUUGUAAAACAAAAAUUACUUUUCAUUCUCCUCUUUAAUAGUAUGAUUAUGUUUAAAUAUAAAACUAAUUAGAGUCCUUACGCCAUAUUUUCAGAAUUAAGUAUAGUGUUUUCUAAUAAUUUAAAUUAUUA